AUGGCGUGGUGGCCUGACGGUGGUGUUUGGAUGAUGAUGACGAUGACCAUCAUUUCUUUUGUUCAAGCUGAAGAGCCCUACCGCUUCUUGGACUUUAGGGUCACUUACGGAAAGGUCGCUCUGUUUGAAAACAUUCCUCCAUCAAGGGUAAUUCUAAUAAACGAAAAAAUUCCUGGACCGGAGCUUCGCUUAGUCACCAAUGAUAAUUUGAUCAUCAAUGUUCACAAUGAUCUGGACGAGCCUUUUCUCUUGGCUUGGAACGGCUUGCAUCUAAAGGGAAACUCUUACCAAGAUGGAGUGUAUGGGACGACUUGUCCAAUCCCACCCGGAAAGAAUUACACUUAUGCCUUCCAUGUCGGAGACCAGGUCGGAAGUUUCUUCUACUUCCCUUCGCUGGCCGUUCAAAAAGCCGCCGGUGGUUAUGGUGCCAUCCGCAUCCUCAGUCGCCCUGACAUUCCCGUCCCUUUCCCGCAACCCGCGGGAGACUUCACCCUCCUCAUCGGGGAUUUUUACGAUGGGAAUGACCACAAGGCACGUUUGGAUGGAGGACGCAUGAUACCUAGGGGUUAUGGUGUUGUGGUCAAUGGCGAUGGAAACUCCGCAUCUAAUUCUAUAACUGUCGACAAAGGUAAAACAUACAGAUUCAGGAUAUCAAACGUGGGGCUUCAACUGUCCCUAAGCUUCAAAAUACUAUAUCAUAUGUUGAAGCUCGUUGAGGUGGAGGGAACCUACACAAUCCAAUCCAUGUACACGUCACUUGACAUUCACGUGGGUCAAUCUUUUUCUGUCCUGGUCACCAUGGACCAGCCUCCCAAAAACUAUUCCAUUGUCGUCCACACGAGAUUCACCGAAGUAGGAUCUACACAUGUAGUAAUUCUUAACUACUCCAGCCCCAACUCCAAAAGCUCGAAAAGUGGCCCUAAUAGAGAACAAGACGACAAUGAUAUAGACUUAUCUAUUAAACAGGCUCGGUCCAUUAAGACUAACCUGACUGCGUCCGGGCAAAGGCAAAAUGCUCAGGGCUCAUCCCAUUAUGGUCGAGUCAAGAUUUCCAGGACAUUAAUACUUGAAAGCUCAGCAGGCGUUGUGAAUAGGAAGCAACGAUAUGGCAUAAAUGGCGUAUCAUUCGUUCCUGCUGAUACACCACUGAAGCUAGCAUAUUACUUUAAGAUCAAAGGUGUUUACAAAGUAGGAAGCAUCCCUGAUAAGCCUGGAAGAGAAGGGAUGAGACUAGAAACAGCAGUGAUGGGAGUGCACCACAAAGAUUUUAUUGAGAUCGUCUUUCAAAACCGCGAGAAGAUCAUCCAGACUUACCACCUUGAUGGACACAACUUCUGGGUUGUCGGGUGA